AUUGACACUAAGUAGGCAACAGAGCAAGUUUAAGUAAAAAAUAUUUUUUCUACAAAUUUUGGGUAAAAAUGAUUACUAAUCCAAUCUGCGAACCGUUUACAAAUUUUCCAGCUCGAUUUGAUAUUGAGGAAAUAGCUGCCGAAUUUAAGCCGAAGGAUAAAGAAAAAGAUGUCGAAAAGACACUUAGUCCGCGUGAUUUUCUUAAUAUACCGGACAAAAAUUGGGUGAUAUUGCCGAUGUUUAAAUAUCACUUGGACCACUUAAAGCCAAUUUUAUCUGUACGCCAAAAUAAGUAUAUGCGUAACCGAUACAUCAAAUUUCUUGACAACGUUCCCGAACACUUUGUCACUGUAUCUUUAUUUAAUUCAAAUAUAAACAGUCAGCCAAAGCCAAGACGAAAAUCUCUUAAUGGUCAAUUUUAUGGUGUCGACUUUAAAUUAGCGCCCAUACCCGUCACAGUUGAUCCACGUAAUUAUGGUGGCUCCAGAUCGGAAAAAGCCAAACAUACUGCUUAGUAGUGAAACUCAAAUUAUUUAAUGUAAGCGCUUAGCGGUUAUCGCAUUUAUAGUUAUCGCUAAAAUGAGCUAUCGAACAGAUACAGACCGGAGUCAUCGGCAAAUGUGCAACCCUGCCAUAUUAAA